AUGUCGUCAUUGCCCAUUACCAAAACGACCAAGAUGUCGGAUUUGAUACAUUAUCGUCUCAAAAUAUCGACGAUAGACAACCGCUUUUUUAUAGGAUCACUUUUAGCUUUUGAUAAACACUUGAAUUUGGUACUUUCAGAUACUGAAGAAACAAGAAUCACUAAGAAGUCUAUUGUUUCGAUGAAGAAAAGUGCUGGCUCGGACGGCAAACACGAUCCUACAUUUGAUAAGAGAUCUUUGGGUUUGAUAAUCUUGCGAGGUGAGCAGAUUGUCUCAUUGAGCAUAGAGAGCCCUCCACCAUUGGAUCCAAAGAAAAGAUUGGGCUUAGAAAGAGGUAAGGGUAUCUCCAAACCAUUAAAGACUCCAGUUAGUGUCAAAGCACGAGUGCCAGCUAUAAGGAAACCUCAGGGAGGCUUCAGACGUCAGUAA